GCGCUGGGGACCCGCGGCCCGGAGCCAGCGAGCUGGCCGCCGGUGGACAGCGCUGGGCCUCCGUCCUCACCUCCGCCCCAGCCUCCGCAGGAGCCCUGGCUGUGGCCGGGGGGCAGUGGGCCAUGCCGGGGGCAGUGGACGGCUCCAGCUGGAAGCAGGCGGAGGACAUUAGGGACAUUUACGACUUCCGCGAUGUUCUGGGCACGGGAGCCUUCUCGGAGGUCAUCCUGGCCGAGGAUAAGAGGACGCAGAAGCUGGUGGCCAUCAAGUGCAUCGCCAAGAAGGCUCUGGAGGGCAAGGAGGGCAGCAUGGAGAAUGAGAUCGCAGUCCUGCACAAGAUCAAGCACCCCAACAUUGUAGCCCUGGAUGACAUCUACGAGAGCGGGGGCCACCUCUACCUCGUCAUGCAGCUGGUGUCGGGCGGGGAGCUGUUUGACCGCAUCGUGGAGAAAGGCUUCUACACGGAGCGGGACGCCAGCCGCCUCAUCUUCCAGGUGCUGGAUGCAGUCAGAUACCUGCACGACCUGGGCAUCGUACACCGGGACCUCAAGCCAGAGAACCUGCUGUACUACAGCCUGGACGAGGACUCCAAGAUCAUGAUCUCCGACUUCGGCCUCUCCAAGAUGGAGGACCCGGGCAGUGUGCUGUCCACGGCCUGCGGGACCCCUGGAUACGUGGCCCCCGAGGUCCUAGCUCAGAAGCCCUACAGCAAGGCCGUGGACUGCUGGUCCAUUGGGGUCAUUGCCUACAUCCUGCUCUGCGGCUACCCCCCCUUCUAUGACGAGAACGAUGCCAAACUCUUUGAGCAGAUUUUGAAGGCCGAGUACGAGUUUGACUCUCCUUACUGGGACGACAUCUCUGACUCUGCCAAAGACUUCAUCCGGCACUUGAUGGAGAAGGAUCCAGAGAAGCGGUUCACCUGUGAGCAGGCCUUGCAGCACCCGUGGAUUGCGGGCGACACAGCUCUAGAUAAGAACAUCCACCAGUCAGUGAGUGAGCAGAUCAAGAAGAACUUCGCCAAGAGCAAGUGGAAGCAAGCCUUCAACGCCACGGCCGUGGUGCGGCACAUGCGGAAGCUGCAGCUGGGCACCAGCCAGGAGGGGCAGGGACAGACGGCCAGCCACGGGGAGCUGCUGACACCGGCCACGGGGGGCCCAGUGGCUGGCUGCUGCUGUCGCGACUGCUGCAUGGAGCCGGGCCCGGAACUGUCCCCCGCACUGCCCCCGCAACUCUAGGGCCCGGAACGCCUGCCCGGGAGGGGUGGUGGCAGCCUGCAUGGGGGAGCUACCUGCCCCACCCCCUCACCCCUGUCGCUGCCAUCCUCUGUUUUCCAUACAAAUGUUUCUAUUUUAUUGUUCCUUCUUGUAAUAAAGGGAAGAAGAUAAAACCA